AUGUACAUUUUCAGAAGAAAAACUAGUUAUUCAUUGCUUAGAAUAUGCCUACUGCUAUUGCUGAUAGAGACAUGUCUUGCUCAGUUAUUUGCAAAAAGUGAACCGUGUAAAGAUGUCAAUGGUGUUGAAUUGAAUUGUCCACACAACUUCAUCUACUAUUUCGAGUGUUGUGCAAAUGAGUGUUGCCUAAGGACGCAGGUCCUCCCAGCUAUUCUAAUCGGUAUCGCUGCCGUCAUCAUGACAUGUUUCUGUUUGGUUUCUUGUGUAGCUUACUGUUGUUGUGGUGAAUAA